GUCUCCGAUCCAACUCGACUUAAAAUAAUUGCAAUUUUCCACGCACCUGUCAGUCAGCUAGAGUGAUAUCCCUUGUUUAAAAUGGCUGAAAUAAGUAGCGAUCGACUGCGAAGAAAAAUAAAAGAAAUUCUCAAGGAUGCCGACUUAUCCACAUUGUCUGCGAAAAAAGUUCGACUCAAGCUGCAGGAGUGUUUCGACACGGACUUGGCAGAUAGAAAAAAAGAAAUUGACAAAAUCACAAUGAAGCUGAUUGUGGAGAUGGAAGAACAAAACAAGGCCACGGAAGAAGCAAAAGAGGAAGAAGAGGAGGAGGAAGAAGAACAGAAUGGUAAUGGAAAAGGAGACACAUCAGAAUCCGAGCACGAGGUGAAAGGUGAACCACCAAAAAAGAAAUCAAAAACAACAGAGAACUCUUCAAAGAAAAAAUCAAAGAAGAUCUCUGACAAAGAGUUAGUUCCCUUGGAAAAUGAUGAUCUCAAUGUGUAUGAUGAAGAACAAAAGACCCUGAAGUUGUCAGAUGAAGAGCUUGCCAAACGCUUGCAGUCCUUCGAAGAGACGGGCAGGAGGACGAGAGGCAGGGCCACAAAAGCCCCCAGAGAGAAAAAGAAGAGAGAAGGUGGAGGUGGUAACAGUGCCUACUCUCGACCCUGUCUCCUGUCAGCUGACCUGGCUGCUCUUAUGGGAACAGAUAAGCUUGCAAGAAAUGAAGUUGUGAAGAAAAUGUGGGAAAUUGUUAAGGAACGAAAGUUGCAGGAUCCAAAGGACAAGAGGUUCAUGAUCUGUGAUGAACAACUUCAGAAAAUAUUUGGUCGGAAAAGGGUUCAAACAUUUGGAAUGAUGAAGUAUCUCUCGUCCCACAUCAUCAACGAGGGUUCAUCGUCCAUAGAGUCUGUCAUCACCAACAGUGACAUUUAUGAUGAUGAGGCUGAUGAUGAUGAUUAGAUGCAAGAUUGAGAGGUUUCUUGUCGUCAUGGGACUGUGUCCCCUUGCCUACUCAAGGGUGAAAGGACUUAAAAGACAUUAAUAUGUGUAUAUAAGUUGUACACUGCACGAAUCCUUUUAACCCUUUACCACUUAGAUACUUAUAUUGACGCAUUUGUAGUCCCUUAUAAAGUUAAAUUUAAUUAAAGACAUUUCUUACUAAAUUUAAGUUUUAAAUGCUUCAUUUCCAACCCUUGAUGCUAUUGAGCAGCAAACAGCAUAAAACCUGAACAGACUGCAAGUAACUUGCAGGCUUAUCUGGUUUUAUGCUGUUUACACUUUACCAUUUUCACUGUGCUUCUGAAUGGGAAGCUUCAGAAAUCUUGAUAUUUUUCAAUGUGGAGCAGAUAUUGUUGGUUAAUCCUGACAUGAUCUUCUGGGAUACACUUCAAUUGGAAAUCUCAUAAUAUACAAAAUGAUUGGCUGGUAUUUUUAAAGAAACUGAAAAUACACAAUAAGGAAAUAGUAAUAUUUUGAAGUUGAAGAUGACUAUUUCUGAAAAAAAUUUAGUUGUGUGUUACUUUGACAUAAAAGCAGUUUUGCAAGUGUUUUAUAUACCAGCUAGUCAUUCGCAGGGUCCAAAACAUCAUGUUUUGAACACAAAUAUUAAGUUUUAUAUUGGCAUAAUAUUUGCAUAAGUUAGGAUUAGAUAACGAUUUUGUAUCAACACAACCCAUGCAUAUUUUGUUUCGUAUUAAUUUACAUCUGAAAGUAUGUUUCAGACUAGGAUUAUUUAAAUAACUUUUUCAAGAGGAAGUCACUGCUGUACAAGUUGUUUUGUUUUUUUAUUUGUUUGUAUUCAUGUCAUUGUUCAAAGUUAUUUAAACAUUUGAUAGCUGACAUAAACAUUGCAUGAAAUGUUGCUGGAUUACAGCUGAAUCAUUUCUGUAACAAACCUAACAAAUGCUUUGUAAAUAAUUAUUCUUAAUGCUUAUGUUAUUCAACAGUUUCCUGUUAUCUUAAUUUUUAUAUCCCCACAAACGAAGUUUAAGGGGGGUAUAUAGGAGUGAGCUUGUCUGUCUGUCGGUCCGUCCGUAUUAAGUGUCCGCUCUCUAUUUCAAGUUGUUUUCAUACGAUCUUCACCAAACUUGGUCAGAUGUUUUAUCUAGAUGAUGUCUAGGUCAAGUUCGAAUAUGGGUCAUGCUGGGUCAAAAACUAUGUCAUGGGGUCACUUAGUGCGUUUUAAACAUUGAGCAUGGUGUCCGCUCUCAAAUUCCAGAAGUUUUCAUCAGAGCUUCACCAAACUUGGUCAGAAGUUGUAUCUAGAUGAAGUCUAGGUCAAGUUCGAACACGGGCCAUGCUUGGUCAAAAACUAGGUAACGGGGUCACUUAGUGCGUUUUAAACAUUGAGCUGUUUUUUUGUGAAGACAACAUGCAAAAUAUUCUGUGUCAAUGUGGCAUGUGGGGGUAUUCGUCAUGUCUGACAAAGCUCUAGUUGUUUCUGAAAUCCAGGAAAAUAUUCCUGUAUUUAAUUUUAGAAAGAACCUUUAAAAAGGUGAAACCCAUUCCCUCAUGUAAAAUACUUAUGGUCAGAGUUUGUGCUUAUAAAUUAUCAGUAUGCAAAAUCAUUCUAAUUGUCAGGUGAUGCAAGAUAUUAUUUCAUUUUUUCUGUUUUUAAAGUUGACUUCGCUGUUAGUGAUAUGAAUAUUUUCUACAUUAACAAUUAACUACAGAAGGUAGCUGUAAAGGCACACUGAAAAUUUAACACAAUGUGCGUAUUGAAAUGUGCAUAUAGUUGGCAUUUACAUUUGUUAUUUUCAAUAUGAUGUUAGAAAUAUCACUUUUACCAUCACAGUUCUUUUUUUCCGAAAUGAUCUUUGCACACUUAACCCUUUACCACUUACGUAUUUUCACGCAUUUGUAGUCCCUUUAAAAGUUAUAUUUAAUUAAAGACCUUUCUUACUAAAUUCAAGUUUUUAAGGCUUCAUUUUCAACAUAAAAAUACUGAUGAGCAGCAAACAGCAUAAAUCUGAACAACCUUCAAGCUACUCGCAGGCUGUUCUGGUUUUAUGCUGUUUGCACAUAGCCAUUUUCACUUUGCUUCUGGUAAGUGGGAAAGGGUUAAACAUAUUAAUCCAUAACAUGCAUUAUUCAAGGAGCACUUAAGGAAGACAUUAUGAUUAAAGUUGUGUUGGUGUUUUAUUCAAUUAGAGCUAGCCUUUUGUAAUUUUCAUGACUAUCCACAGUGAUUUUCCAAUCUGCCUUUUCCUGGAAUUCUUACGUGGACAGCUAGUUAUCUCCUCAUUGUAACGGUAGCUGCACUUUUUUUUAAAUACAAUCCAAAUGCUGUGUUUUGAAAAGAUAUAAUGAAUUUACUGUUUGUUUUUAUGUACCUUUACAAAUAAAAUUCCCCUUAUGUCAAGCACGUGUUAAUGUAAAUAGCACAAUAGUCCAGUAUUUCAUAUGUUUCCUUUCAGUUUAAUCAUUUGAUUUAUGAGUUUACAAUUGAACAAAUACCAUUUCACAUUGGGAUCAGGCAAUUGUUGGUUGAUAUUGAUGUUGUGGAAACAUGUAUUAUUUUCUUGCCAGUUGAGGUUUAUACUACUUUAAUUAAAAGAUUUAUUGAGGUAAACAUUAAUAUUUGCAGUAAACAUCUUGAUAUAUAUUUAGUUAAUAAAAGUUAACAUUUUAAACUCGGUAAAAACUGCUUUGCAUAAGGUAAAAUGAAAAUGACCUAAAGCCACAGCAAUAAUUCUUAUUAAACAAAAGCAACCUCUAAUCUUUUGUGAGUAUGCAACAAUUCAGGUGAUACAUGUGCAUUAAGUUACAAAUAACAUCUAUUAUUGCACUAUCAACUCUUGUAUAAAUAUAAUUUCAGUUGUUCACAAUACCUGAACCGUACUCAUUGUGGCCUGGCUAUUGUAAAUAUACAGUAUUGUUUAUGUUAAUUUUUUGUAAAUAAUGUGUAAAUGAUUUCCUUUAUUCAAUAGAAAAAGUCUUGCACUUCCAACUUCCUACUCACUAUUGCAUAAAACAACUGGCAAAAAGAACUUACAUUUGAUUAAAAUUCACUUUUUUUUCUCAAAAACAUUCAGUGUGAAAGUGUGACAAUUAUUGUAAGGUUGUUGAGGAAAAAUUACAGAUUUAUAACCGGUUCAAUUGUCAUACAUGCAUAUUAUGCUGUUGUUGGUCUUUUUCUAUGGUGCAUCAUAUCGAGUGUUUUAAGCUGUCCAUACAUAUAUACAUAUGCAUACUCUUUUUGUAAUUUGUUUGUCAAUUUAAACAUGCAUGUAUAACUGUUUGCUUCACGUAUGUAAGACUAUAUAUUAGUUAAACAUAGUCAUUUCAUUUUGAAUGUUAAUUUGAUUUGCAAGUGUGUAGAAAUCAUCACUUUUCCUUCCUUUUUUAGCUCACCUGAGCGAUAGCUCGAGGUGAGCUAUUGAUAUCACUCAGCGUCCGGCGUCCGUCCGUCCGUCCGUCCGUCCGUCCGUAAACAAUUUGUAAACAUCUUCUUCUACUAAACCAUUGAGCCAAUUUCAACUAAAUUUCAUGUGGAGCAUCCCUAGGUCAUGGGACAAAAGAAUUGUUAAAAAAAAUUUGAUCGCAUAACCAAGAUGGCCGCCAUGACCAUAUAUGGUAAAAACCUUAAAAAAUCUUCUUGUCAGAAACCGCUCAUCAGAUUUUCAAAAAAUUUCACAGGGAUGACCUUUGAGGGCUCCCCUGAAAAAGUUGUUCAAAGAAAUUUGAUUCAUCAAAAAACAUGGCCGCAAGAGCUCGUUGAACUUUGCAUGUUUAUUCGUUUUUGCCUAUUUUGUGAAAACUUUCAAAAAUCUUCCACAUUUUUUGUCCGAUCCUUUCCAAAGUUGCACAGUGUCUUUAUAUCAAUGAGGACACGAACCCUACAAAAAAUGAGCAUUAUUGGUCCAUGAAGUACAGAAUUACCUCCCCUUGAAUUGAGAAAAUGGUGUUUAUGCAAUAAAGUCCAAAUUUUUCAUCCAAUUCUUUCCAAACUUGUAAGGAUUUAGCAUGGUUCAAACAAGGGAAACAACUACGGUUUAUGCAUGUUCUUUUUAUUACAGAUUUGCCUCCCUUUAAUUCAUUCAAAAUCUCAUUUUACAGCAGAGAUUCCAAAUCUGACCUGUAAAUGAGCCCCAUAUUUACUGCUGGUGCUAUGUUACCUUUUCCCAUUUGAUCAUUCUUAAGUAUUGGUCUUGUAAUGCUGCUACUGCUACUGCUACUGCUACUGCUACUACUACUACUACUACUACUGCUACUACUACUUCUACUACUACUACUACUACUACUACUACUUCUACUACUACUACCACUACUACUACUACUACUACUACUACUACUACUACUACUACUACUACUACUACUACUACUACUACUAGUACUACUACUACUAGUACUACUACCACCACCACCACCACCACCACCACGUCUACUAUUACUACUUCUACUACUACUGCCACUACUACUACUACUUUUACCACUACUACUACUACUACUACUACUACUACUACCACUACUACUACUACUGCUACUACUACUACUACUUCUACUACUACUACUACUACUACUUCUACUACUACUACUACUACUACUACUACUACUACUACUACUACUACUACUACUACUACUACUACAACUACUAUUACUACUACUACUACUACAACUACUACUACUACUACUACUACACCACCACCACCACCACCACCACCACCAUUCACAGUGACAAAAAACGUAUUCACACAAUGGCUGCUACUACAACUUAUAGCCCAUAUAGGGGGCAUGCAUGUUUUACAAACAGCCCUUGUUUCUAUGGGAUUUUAACCACAACUGUUCAUGUUUAUCUCCGACACAUAUUUUUAGGUCACCUGUCAUGAAGUGACACGGUGAGCUUAUGUGAUUGUGUGAUGUCCGGCGUCCGUUGUGCGUGCCUGCGUGUGUCUGUGCGUCCGUCCGUCAACAAUUUGUUUGUGUAGACAGUAGAGGUCACAGUUUGCAUCCAAUCUUGAUGAAAUUUGGUCAAAAUGUUUAUCUUGAUGAAAUCCGGUUUGGGAUUGUAUUUGGGUCAUCUGGGGUCAAAAACAAGGUCACUAGGUCAAAUAAUAGAACAACCUUCUGUAGACAGUAGAGGUCACAGUUUUCAUCCAAUCUUUAUAAAAUUUGGUCAGAAUGUUUAUCUUGAUGAAAUCUGGGUUGGGAUUUUAUUUGGGUCAUCUGGGGUCAAAAACUAGGUCACUAGGUCAAAUAAUAGAAAAACCUUGUGUAGACAUUAGAGAUCACAGUUUUCAUCCAACCUUUAUGAAAUUUGGUCAGAAUUCUUGAUGAAAUCUGGGUGGGAUUGUAUUUGGGUCAUCUGGGGUAAAAAUCUAGUUCAAAUAAAUAGAAAAACCUUGUGUUGACAAUAGAGGUCACAGUUUUCAUCCAAUAUUUAUGAACUGUGGUCAGAAUGUUUAUCUUGAUGAAAUCUGGAUUGGGAUUGUAUUUGGGUCAUCUAGAGUCAGGAACUAGGUCACUAGGUCAAAUCAUAGAAAAACAUUGUGUAGACAAUAGAGGUCAUAGUUUUCAUCUGAUCUUAAUGAGUCAGGUGAGCGAUUCAGGGCCAUCAUGGCCCUCUUGUUUUAGUAUUUUAUGUAUGUGUUGUUCAUUUAUAUUGCAAAUUUUAUUGGGGCCAUAUUUCAUAGUAUGCUGUUGUAAUUUAUCAUAUAAAUAAUGUCUUUGUUUCCUGUUGGUUUAUAUAUUUUCAGGGCUCUAUAGAAGUAAUGAUAGGUGGCUAUUCUUUAAUCCCAUGUAAUGCGUAAUGGAUGUAAAUUCAGUAAUGAAUUACAAAAGAACCAACUGUCAGGAUUUUUGUUUUAUUUCAGAACUAAACUGAUUUACGUGCUGGUGACUUUUGUCUAUGAUACAUGUUUUCAAAGCUCUUUGGAAACAUUUUGUCCCAGUGAUUGUCUACAGUUAUUGAAUAUUUGUAUUGUUACAUUGAUGUAUAUAAAGCAUCUUUUUCAUGUAAAACAUAACUUGCUUUGUAUGAACUUUUUAUUUCAUGUAUUUGUGUUUAAUAUUAAACAAACAAAACUAACUUUAAUUAAAAUUACAAUUCAAUAUUCAUGGUACUAAUCUUCAAGAACAAUGGCAAUAAACAACCAUCCUUGAUUGCUUUUAGUUAAUCAUCCCUUGAAAUUAUUAUCAUAAAUAUCAUGCUUGAUAUAAGUUUCAAUUUACAUACCAUGAAAACCGAAUAGUUAUAUUCCUGUAUAUUCUGCUGUAAUAUGUAUCAUGACAGGGAUUUCUGAUGAUAUUUUUAGUUUUUUACAAUUUUAUUUCUUCCAAGUUUUGCAUUAUGCAAGUUUAGAAUCAUGUCAUGCAUUUUUCUACUUGACAGUCUUAAUUUGGUGACUUGUCAUUCAUUAAACCAUCACAAUGCAGGUUGAACAUUUUGAUGAUUUCUUCCUCUCAGAGAAUUGUUUUAUUUCUCAGUGUAGGAGUUUUUUUAUUUCUCCGUGUAUAUGUUUAUAAAUUGAAAAUCACGGUUUGUUUGCAUGCAACUGCAUAGUGCAUAUAUUUAAAUUCGUUGACUUUCAUUUAAAAUAAAUUUCAGUUGUUGGUAGUGUUUAUGUAUCUCUUUAUGUCAAUAAAUGGUGCAGAAAAAGA